GUGUUUCAGGGUGGUGCUAAAUCAGAUGCCUGGACUGGGUGUGAGGCAAGGAGCCACGUCCACCCGCAAUCAGGAAACAGCAGCGUGCACAGGUGUGGAUGGGGCCAGGCAGGCUGAUGAAAUGAUGACCUUAGGAACCUGUCCCUCUCUGGCCACGUGGGCUUCGACAGCCUCCCUGAUCAGCUGGUCAACAAGUCAACGUCACAGGGCUUCUGCUUCAAUAUCCUCUGUGUGGGCGAAACUGGCAUUGGUAAGUCAACGUUGAUGGACACUCUGUUCAAUACCAAGUUUGAAAGUGAACCUGCGACGCACAACGAGCCUGGUGUGAGGUUGAAAGCCAGGAGUUAUGAGCUCCAGGAGAGUAAUGUCCGUCUGAAGCUGACUAUUGUCGACACAGUUGGAUUUGGUGAUCAGAUUAACAAAGAUGACAGCUACAAGCCUAUAGUAGAAUAUAUUGAUGCACAGUUUGAAGCCUACUUGCAAGAAGAGCUGAAGAUCAAGCGAUCCCUGUUCAAUUACCAUGACACCAGAAUUCAUGCCUGCCUGUAUUUCAUUGCACCAACUGGACACUCACUGAAGUCCCUAGACUUGGUCACCAUGAAGAAGCUCGACAGUAAGGUGAACAUCAUCCCCAUCAUUGCCAAGGCAGACACCAUUGCAAAAAAUGAGUUGCACAAGUUCAAGAGUAAAAUCAUGAGCGAGCUGGUCAGUAACGGUGUCCAGAUCUACCAGUUCCCAACGGAUGAAGAGACAGUGGCUGAGAUAAAUGCAACGAUGAGUGUCCACCUUCCUUUUGCUGUAGUUGGCAGCACUGAAGAAGUGAAGAUCGGCAAUAAGAUGGCAAAAGCCAGGCAGUACCCCUGGGGUGUUGUGCAGGUUGAAAAUGAAAAUCACUGUGACUUUGUGAAGCUGCGGGAGAUGCUGAUCCGAGUGAACAUGGAGGACUUGAGAGAGCAGACACAUACCCGACACUAUGAGCUCUACAGGCGCUGCAAGCUUGAGGAGAUGGGAUUCAAGGACACGGAUCCAGACAGCAAGCCUUUCAGUCUCCAAGAGACUUACGAAGCAAAGAGGAACGAAUUCCUGGGCGAACUCCAGAAGAAGGAAGAUGAAAUGAGGCAGAUGUUUGUCAUGCGAGUGAAGGAGAAGGAAGCAGAGUUAAAGGAAGCAGAGAAAGAUCUUCAUGAAAAGUUUGACCAUCUAAAGAGGACUCACCAAGAAGAGAAGAAAAAAGUGGAAGACAAAAAGAAGGAACUUGAGGAAGAGCUGAACAACUUUCAAAAGAAGAAGGCAGCAGCUCAGCUAUUACAGUCACAGGCUCAGCAGGCAGGUUCUCAACAAACCAAGAAAGACAAGGACAAGAAAAAAAAUCCAGUCAUGAGGAACGUGCACGUGUUUUAGUGUGUCUUUUCAGUGUCACUCCACACCAGGUGCUGUAACCGCUUCUAGUGUUCUGUAGUGUCUGAGUUACUAAUGGUGGCUUUAGAGGGAAAUGCUGAUGCUUCUGCCUUGUAGCACACCUUGGGUUUUCUAAAGGCUUUAAGUUUCUCCUUGCACUCUAAUGAAAAGCAGUUUCUAUAGGUAAGGCUUUCAACCUUUCUCUGUGCUGACAUGGACUGUGGUGGCUCCUGUGCAGUUGCCAGAGGAAAUCCUUGCCAUGCACGAUCCUUGUAGCUUCCCCAGAAGUAAUUAACAGGAAUGCUUUUUUCUUAAGGUGGGAUCCAAUUUCUCCAACUUGGACAACAGAAACUUUCCUUUCUGCUGUGUAAGCCAGAGGGAAGGCUUGGAGUGAAAUCUGCUGCUGGCCUAACUCCGUGAAGGAGAACUUGGCCUUCUUGAUUUCAAGGCUGUUCCUGUAGGAACAGCUUGUCUUUAUAUACUUUUUAAAUUAUUAUUUUUCUGUGUAAUCCAUUUCUCAGAUUCCUAUAGUUUACGUGUUUUUCCAUCUAAAAUUGUUGCAGCUCUAGCCUGAUGACAGAAGGUGUGCUGUCUUCAGGACAGCACAUCCAUGUACCUCAGACACUUGUGUAUCUGUAGAAUAAAGCAUACUCAAGUACUUCCCUGAAUGUGGGGCUGAACAUUACUUACCAAGCCCCUGCUCUAAUUUUGGGGAGGGACUGUGCUUUGAAUCUGAGCAAUCUGGAGAUGGUUCCUGGCAAUGGACUUGGCAAAACCAAAUAGGAGCAGCAGGUAGCUUUCUGGUGCUUGCCUGUUGUCUGGUAGAUAGCCACAUGCAUGCCUCAGCAUGUCUCGUUGUGUUACUUGCUCAUUCUCCAAUUCCCCAGGAGCUGGGACCAUCUGUUUGGGCUUUCUUUCUGUUUAUUACAGCCUGCUUGUGAAAAUAAGAUGAAAAACUUGUUUCCAGUCCAUCAUGACUGGUCUGCCCAUUACGGGCCAAGCUUAAUCCCAUAGCAAUCCCAGAGCUGUAACACAUGUUAUAUGGCCCAACACCCUGUAAGAAGAGGGGUUUGUUGAUGUCUGAAGGAUCUGACAUGGUUCUGAAAGCUGAUGUGCUGAAGUGCUGGGGGACAUCAUGCUGCCCAGAUGUGAGAUACCCAAGUUUGGGUACAGGCUAAGCACACAGCCUGCUGCGACAGCACCCAUGUGAAGUGACCCAAACCUGACACCUGCAGCCGCACCCCCCAGCCAUGCGCAUUCUUAAAUUGAAGCUUAAAGACACCAAGCAUGGUGUGGUUACAGGCUAUAGCCUUGACUAACUGAGGUGGCUGGUCGGUCAGUAGUCCUUCCCCCUUGGGUUUUCUUUUUGCUUUUGCUUGUCAUAGGCCAGAGUAGAGCCCAGCCUCGAGGUUUAAUUUCUUUAUAAUUCCAUAAUCCAUCUGCAUGCCCACCCACCAGAGCGGGUUGCUGGUGUCGCCUCUUCCAGCUUCCUUGGAUUUUGGUUUUUGGUUUUGUUUUUUUUUUUUUAUUAUUUUUUCAUUUUGAGUUCUACUAUUGCUAACUUUUUUAUUUUUUUGUUCUUUUUUUUAACUUGCAGUGCAAGCUUCACAUAAAGCCUGUCCAGCCAAGGAUGUUCCUGCAUUCACCUGCUUUUGCAGUAAUGUGUCUCUGCCAUCUGUUUUCUUACCUUUUUUUUUUUUUUCUCUUCCCCCCCCCUCCCCUAUUUAACAUAAAUGACUAUUAACUCAUCUAAUAACAUAGUGGGAACAAGAAGGAAGAAGGAUUGGGUACAGGACUGUAUGCAACUGGAAGCUCAGGGGUGGGUGGAGGGGCAAGGUAAUGAUUCCAUGUAUUUUUCUCAUCAAAACCAGCAGCAGGAAGUCAUUCUUGGCCCCAGAUUGGAGCUGAGAGUCAGGGCCGGACAUCAGUAGCUCGGGUGAGCAUCAUUGACUGGAUCAGAUCCUCAGUGCUGCUGGCCUGCCCCACUCGUGGUAGCAACAGCUGUGUGCUAAAGGGGUCCCUGGGUCCACAGAGACCAGCCUUGGGGAAUUACUGCUGUAUAAGCCUAGUCCCUAGUGUGGCUGAGCCCUGGAGUCUAGUCCAACCCAUAUUCCUUCAAUACCUAAUGUGUUAGAACAACAGGAGUCCUGGUGUUGGGAGAGUGGGAGGGGGUAUAUGUGUGUAGAUAACAAAAGUUUAACCAACCUUGCAUGCCAUUACAUUUGCAUGAUAUUUUUGAUUAGUUCCUGUUCUUGUUGUCUGACUUGAUCAUAUUAGUUGUUUUGGAUUUACUGUCAUAUGCUGGCGUUUUUUUGCAGCCACCCUUCCAGUUCAGUGUAGUAGCUACCUGCUGAAUGCUGCAGUGGGAGCCCAGCAGUGCUGCAGGUGCCUGGGAGAAGGACCAUUUCUUAUUACUGCUUCCCAUGUCUGACCAUAACCUUUCAAACCUCAUUUAAAAUAGUCCCUGGUUUCCCAUGUGCACCAUCUUAGCAGCCCUUACGGAAUCAGAUACCUGGGUGGGGAGAGGACAUAGCAUCAGCAUCCUCAUAGACCCUUCAGAAAGGUUCCUGCAUGUCUUUAUAAACAGAUUUGCAAAGCUGUGGGAUCCAGAAUUUCAUGUCAAGGCAAUGAUGGUGCCUGGACACACAUUCCCUGUGCUCUCCACAAGCCGAGGGUGCCUGGACACACAUUCCCCAUGCUCUCCACCAGCAUGCCUGCAGCAGGGACCACAUCCCAUUCACAUAUUCCUUGAAUGUGCAAAGGAGACUAAUCAUAAGGAAAUGGGUCUGUUUAAUGUGUGUUUUCUAUGCCGCUGCUUUUUGGACAGAGUCUUUCCGUUCAUUACCAAGAAGUGGCAAGCCCUGCUUAUCUUAUAACUUCGAGAUAUCUUUCUCUUCUGCUGAUGCACGCCCAGCAUUUCCACUGCUCCUAGCUAGGUAGCCUCCUGUUCUGUAAUACACUCUUUACAAUAACUCUUUCCACCUGAGUCUCAUGCAUUGCAGUUCUUUGCUUGGUUCUGGAAUGGAAGUUCUUGCAUCUUUGGGGGACGGGUGAAGGCGGAAUUAUCACCUAUUCUCAGGUGUUGCAUUGUGAAAAUCUGCUUGGAGGCUAGCUGAUGGGUUGUCUUGCUUUUUAACUCUCACUGCUUAAACACUGGCUGUGGGAAGAGCAUAUCUAAAUAGGUUGUCUUGGACAGACAGCAAAAAUUGAUUGGAGAUAAAUAAGCUGGAAAUAAAAUAGUUGAGCCUUUUCCCUUUUUGGAGGGGUGUUUGUUGGUUUGUGGGGUUUUUUUUUUUGACCUCCUGGUCUAUCAGCCACGAUGCCCUUUUUGUCAAGUUAAAUAGGUUUGCUAGGGGAUUGUUUGGAAAAAGUAAAUGGUGGUUAUGACUUCUGGCAAACCCAGCCUUAAAAUCUUGAGUUAUCACAGAAAAAGAUGGGGCUUUGGCCCGAGGUUUUUUUACAGUCACAUCAUAGGCACAUCAUGGAAUGCUUGUGGCAGUGUGCUUUGCUUCAGCUGUCUCUGUGCAUGUCCUCUUUUUAAUUACCAGUGGUUUGUGCCAAGUAGAAAACUUCAUUUUAACAUUUAUUUGUCCUGCUUCAUUUAACAGCCCUUCAAGGGAUGUUUAGCAGGGGAAAUCAGCUGAGUCAUAUAUUUUUUUGUCAGAAAGCUGUGGCCAAGUGCAUUAAUAUACUUUUGAUUCAGUUUCUUUCUCCAGCAAAAAGCAACCUGCUGUGGAGAAACUGGGACUAAACCAUAAACUUACAGAAGUUAAAGGUACUCUUUUAUUUCUCUUGCGAAAGGAGAUGUUAAGUGACAUUUUUCUUCCUUCCUUAAACCCUUGGGCCAUGUUUAGGUUGUUACUGCUGCACUUCUUUCUUUUCUUAUGCGUUUUUUCACAGUAGCCCCUGAUUCUGCAUGGAGUAAAUGAUGCACUCAAAUCUAGUUGGAUGUGCUCUCACCUUUGCAUGUAAGUACAGUAGUAAGAGACUCACCCUUUCUGCCUCACUACUGAUACAAAACCAGCUGUUUUUCUGGGAGGGUUCUUUAAGUCCGCUUACUUACAAGUGGCGUGGUUAAAACUACUCCUAAACUUCCUGCAAUAAUCUGCUUCUGCUGAGAUGUUGAAAAGAAGCCAUAGGGAACACAACAUCCAGCUCCUGCUGACUGCCUAAAGCAACCCUCUACAGCCUCCCUGCAUGCUUGUGGCUAGCAAGCCAGCUGGUGGAACCAUGGGCAUAAGCCUUGCUUGAGAGGUACUGCAGCCUUUAAUGUGUGUUAGGUAGUGAUGAUACCCGGCUAAUAAUGCUGCCCAUUCCUGACAAGGUGGAUUUCAAACCUUAGAAUAAUACAAAGGAGCAGGGUAGCACACUAAAAUGUGUUCCUGGAAUGAUGGUGUUCUCAGGGCAUGGAAUGAACCCCAGAACCUCACUGGAGUUGCAGUUACUUUUCCAGGAGGGCACCAAGUAGGAAGGUACCCUUUGAGUUCAUGGUCGUUAAAUGCAUCACCUUGCAUCUCCUUGGUGUGUGGCACUGCUGAGGAGGGGAGACAGCAAUGACUGGCAUCCUCCCUCCUGGGCUCCUCUGUGACUCCUGUCCCUCCCUGUGUGUGCUUUUAACACCUUGAAAUCCCAUCAAAGAGAUUUGUAUCUCUGUGCCUCUCUUUGAGCAUGUCUGUAUUUAACAUGACCAGUGGUUUUUGCGGGUAGCUUUCAUUCUGCUUCUCCUAAACCGUCCGUGUAAGAACAGAAAUGUCUUUUUGUGUGUGAUCAUAUCACAUCUGUCCAUUUGAAUCCAGUUGCCAUUUGCCCUUCUGAGAUGUUAUGUUAGAAGAGUGCGUAGUGGUCUGUUCUCUGCAGGCCCUGGUUGUAUUUGCGGUGUAUGAUGCCCAGUGAUGCUCUCUCACCAGCACGUCUCAGCAUGGAACUGUACAAAUAUGAAGGGUUUUUUUAAUUAAUGGGAAAUAAAGCUGUGAACAGCAGUAGAAAUAUUGUAUUUGUAUACUUUUUUUAAUAUCCUGAUUGCCUUAAACUAUAGAUGUAGAACUUUAUUAUCUUGCUAUUUGAAAAUAACCCAUGUUUGUAACUAAAUUGUGUAACCUACAUACAGUGUUAAUGCAAAUUAUAUGUAUGCAUCUGUUAGAUAUUGUCACUUUAUUUGAUGUUAAAAUAUUUCAGGUUUUGAAUUACAAAUUGAUUAAUAACCUUA